AUGUCAACACACGAUUCUUAUCAGCUUAGUUCUUACAACAGUGAUUCUUUAAGUUGGGCUAAUGAAGAUGAAUUAAAUGAAUCAAACGAGUUAAACAAAUUAAAUACAUCUAAUAUACCAGAAGAUAUAUAUAACCUAGAUGCUGAAUCAGGUUCAAGUUCUCCUGAUCAACUUCCGUCAAGUGGAGUUACUGUUACUAAUAGUUUAGUUACAGAUAAGGAUGGUUUGAAAAAAGAAUGUGGUAAUAACUACGAAUUAUCAACUGGAACAGGCAAUUUAAAAGCUCACCUUCGUCAAAUUCACAGAAUUUUGCCACCUGAAGAAAAUAAUCAGAAUCAAUCAAUUAAAAUAGCUUCUAACCAACCAUCAUUACAUGAUUUUAUAAAUAAAAAGACACUCUUACCUACUUCAAAGCAAGAUAAAAUCGCAAAUA